AUGAGCAACAGGAGCGCGACUCUCGCCGACUUUAACACUGGCGCUUCCGUACCGGAUACGGAAGCAAAUGGACCCAAUGGACAAAGUAUUACAGAAUGGAGACGGAAGCGUGACAUUGAUCUGUCGCAGCAGAUCCGUGUCGUCAGGCUGGUCCAUAUGCGAUAUCAGCACCCCGACCUAAAGAGUAUCAGCACGUUUCUUCAUGACUUUGGCAUGCGUGCUGUGCAGGAGACUGAAAAUCGUGUGUGGUUCCGGGGAUAUGGAGUCGACCAGUACGUCUACUACGCACAGAAGGGACCGAAGAAGUUUCUUGGCGGGACAUUUGAGGUGGAAACAUUUGAUGACCUGGUCAAGGUCUCUAAAUUGAACGGCGCCGGUGCCAUUGAGUCGUUGGAUGAUGCACCCGGGGGUGGUUCCUUGGUUACCGCCUUCGACCCGGAGGGGCUCCCUAUCAAUUUCAUCCAUGGCCAGGAGCCUGCGAAAACAGGCAAGAUGCCGGAGAGACUUGUUGUCAAUUUUGAGGCCGACAAGCCGCGCAGGCGAAGAUUCCAGCGCUUUGACGAAGGCCCGGCCGCGGUCCACAAGCUUGGUCACUACGGCCUCUGUGUGCAGAAUUUUGCUGAGCAACUCGAUUGGUAUACUCGUAAUUUCAAUUUCGUGCCUACCGAUCUGCUCUAUGCCCGAGAUGAGAACAACGUCGAUCAGAAUAUUGCAGUCUUCGCACACAUUGAUAGAGGCAAUGACUAUGUAGACCACCACACCAUCUUUCUAAGUAAAGCGCAAACAUCACACGUUCAUCACUGCUCAUUCGAGAUUCACGAUUUUGAUACGCAGCAGCUGGGACAUCAAUGGCUGGCGGGGAAAGGAUACAAGAGUGUGUGGGGCGUCGGCCGCCAUAUCUUGGGGAGCCAGAUUUUUGACUACUGGUGGGACAUAGCGGGCAAUAUGAUUGAGCAUUACGCGGACGGAGAUCUAGUCAACCAAGAUACGCCCAUUGGGCAUUUGCCUGCAGGCAACGAGAGUCUGGCGGUUUGGGGUCCCGAGGUGCCACAGGCGUUUCUAGACUAA